AUGUUUGCUUUCUCUUUCUCCCCAGAAUGCGAUGAACUUGCCUCCUGACAAAGCAAGGCUGCUUCGACAGUACGACAAUGAGAAGAAGUGGGAGCUGAUCUGUGAUCAGGAAAGAUUUCAAGUCAAGAAUCCUCCACACACAUAUAUCCAGAAAUUAAAAGGCUAUCUUGAUCCAGCUGUAACUAGGAAGAAAUUUAGGAGAAGAGUUCAAGAAUCUACACAAGUAUUACGAGAACUAGAAAUUUCUUUAAGAACCAAUCACAUUGGGUGGGUCAGGGAGUUUUUGAAUGAAGAAAACAAAGGCUUGGAUGUUUUGGUAGAGUAUUUGUCUUUUGCACAGUAUGCAGUCACAUUUGACUUUGAAAGCUUGGAAAACAGCAUGGAAAACUCAAUGGAUAAAUCUAAGCCUUGGAGUCGAUCCAUUGAAGACCUCCAUCGAGGAAGUAACCUCCCCUCUCCCGUUGGCAAUAGCAUUACCCGCUCUAGCAGGCAUUCUACACUACGGUGUAACACCUUACCAAGCAGAAGAACACUUAAAAAUUCAAGAUUAGUGAGUAAAAAGGAUGAUGUCCAUGUCUGCAUCAUGUGUUUACGUGCCAUCAUGAAUUACCAGUACGGGUUCAAUAUGGUCAUGUCGCACCCCCAUGCUGUUAAUGAAAUUGCACUAAGCCUGAACAACAAGAAUCCCAGAACAAAGGCGCUGGUCUUAGAACUGUUGGCAGCAGUUUGCCUUGUAAGAGGAGGGCACGAAAUCAUUUUGUCUGCCUUUGAUAAUUUUAAAGAGGUUUGCGGGGAAAAGCAGAGGUUUGAGAAGCUGAUGGAACAUUUUCGAAAUGAAGAUAACAAUAUAGAUUUCAUGGUGGCGUGUAUGCAGUUCAUCAACAUAGUGGUUCAUUCAGUAGAGGACAUGAAUUUCAGAGUUCACCUCCAGUAUGAAUUUACUAAGCUAGGCCUGGAUGAAUAUCUAGAUAAACUGAAACACACAGAAAGCGAUAAGCUGCAGGUGCAGAUUCAAGCUUAUCUGGACAACGUGUUUGAUGUGGGAGCUUUACUUGAAGAUGCGGAAACCAAGAACGCUGCCUUGGAAAGAGUAGAAGAACUGGAAGAAAAUAUAUCUCAUUUAUCAGAAAAACUGCAAGAUACAGAAAAUGAAGCUAUGGCAAAGAUUGUGGAACUGGAAAAACAACUCAUGCAGAGGAACAAAGAACUGGAUGUCGUUCGAGAAAUAUACAAGGAUGCGAACACACAGGUUCACACGCUGAGGAAAAUGGUCAAAGAGAAAGAGGAAGCUAUUCAACGACAGUCAACGCUGGAGAAGAAGAUCCAUGAACUGGAGAAGCAAGGGUCCAUUAAAAUUCAGAAGAAAGGAGAUGGUGAUAUCAACAUUCUUCCUGUUGGGGUGGCUUCUGGGACAUUGCCCUCAGGGGCAGAAGCUGCCACGGGCACUUGUGGAGGAUCAGCUUCUGGCUCUGCACCUUCGGUUCUGUUGCCCCCUCCACCACCACCCUUGCCGUUGUCAGAAUCAGAAUCGGAAGCAGUUCAAAAUGGUCCUGUGACACCGCCAAUGCCUCCUCCCCCUCCCCCGCCUCCUCCCCCUCCUCCCCCACCUCCUCUUCCUGGCCCAGCUGCAGAACCAGGACUGGCCCCUCCGGUCCCACCCCCACCCCCACCAUCAGCACCUCCUCUUCCAGGAACAGCCUCCCCUACAGUCGUUUUCAACUCAGGAUUAGCAGCUGUGAAAAUCAAGAAGCCAAUUAAGACAAAGUUCCGCAUGCCAGUUUUCAACUGGGUGGCUCUGAAACCCAAUCAGAUUAAUGGGACAGUCUUCAAUGAAAUUGAUGACGAAAGGAUAUUGGAGGAUUUAAAUGUGGAUGAAUUUGAAGAAAUAUUCAAGACAAAAGCCCAAGGCCCGGCCAUUGAUCUUUCUUCAAGCAAGCAAAUAACUCAGAAGGGAUCGAACAAAGUCACACUAUUAGAAGCAAACAGGGCUAAAAAUCUUGCAAUCACCUUAAGGAAAGCUGGAAAGACUGCAGAUGAGAUAUGCAAAGCUAUUCAGGCGUUCGAUUUGAAGACUUUACCAGUGGAUUUUGUUGAAUGCCUGAUGAGAUUUUUGCCCACGGAAAAUGAAGUGAAAAUGUUGCGGCUUUACGAGCGGGAGAGGAAACCCCUUGAGAACCUCUCAGAUGAGGAUCGUUUCAUGAUGCAGUUCAGCAAGAUUGAGAGGCUGAUGCAAAAGAUGACCAUCAUGGCAUUUGUUGGCAAUUUUGCAGAAAGCAUCCAGAUGCUGACUCCACAACUUCAUGCAAUAAUUGCAGCAUCUGUCUCAAUAAAGUCAUCUCAGAAACUCAAGAAAAUCCUAGAGAUAAUCUUGGCUCUUGGUAACUAUAUGAACAGCAGUAAACGAGGAGCUGUUUAUGGAUUUAAACUGCAAAGCUUAGAUCUGUUACUAGACACAAAAUCGACAGACAGGAAACAAACUCUAUUGCACUAUAUAUCAAAUGUUGUGAGAGAGAAAUAUCAGCAAGUAUCGCUUUUUUACAAUGAGCUUCACUAUGUGGAGAAAGCUGCUGCAGUAUCCCUUGAAAAUGUUCUGUUGGAUGUAAAGGAACUCCAAAGAGGUCUUGACCUAACGAAGCGAGAGUACACCAUGCACGAUCACAACACCAUGCUGAAGGAGUUUAUUCAGAACAAUGAAGGGAAACUGAAGAAGCUGCAGGAUGAUGCAAAAAUAGCUCAGGAUGCCUUUGACGAUGCUGUGAAGUAUUUUGGGGAGAAUCCCAAGACAACACCUCCAUCAGUCUUCUUCCCAGUCUUUGUUCGAUUUGUGAAAGCUUACAAGCAAGCGGAAGAGGAGAACGAGUUGAGAAAAAAGCAACAGCAGGCAUUGAUGGAAAAACUCCUGGAGCAGGAGGCACUGAUGGAGCAGCAAGACCAAAAGUCUCCGUCUCAUAAAACGAAGAGGCAGCAGCAAGAGCUGAUUGCAGAGCUAAGACGGCGACAAGUCAAGGACAGUAGACACGUGUACGAGGGGAAGGAUGGAGCUAUCGAAGAUAUCAUCACAGUGCUGAAGACGGUGCCCUUUACCGCUCGAACGGCCAAGCGUGGCUCUCGUUUUUUCUGCGAACCUGUUUUCACAGAGGAAUUCCAUUACUAAACUUUUCCUCUUUCACACCCGACGCUCUUUAAAAAAAAAAAAAGGUUGCUGUAGGUUUUUGACAUUUCUCCGCAAUAUAGCUGUUUGAAUGGAUUAGUGAUGUUUGGCAUCUCGUCGGGAGUCUUAUUUGACAUCGCUCAUCUCAUUGCAUGUUUUUGCCUGUCAGGAACCUUUUUUGGUUCCCCUCCAUCCUCCCAGUGACCAUUUGUUCUACCUUCCGCAUUUCAGAGUCACCCUGUGGGCUCAGCGCCAUAGAGCAGCAAGUGAUGGAAGUCACAGAAAUGUCCUCGAGGCCCAUGGUGGCUGCGCUUCAAGCCAGCCGCUACAAUUUGCAAGGGGUGGUUGUGGGUUGUAAUGGCAAAUGUGAUGGACAGUUCACUUGGCUUUUCUGUGUCUUCUCCUCUGGGCUCUCGCACCUCCUUUACUUCUUUGUGACUUGAUCUAUGUCGCAUGAGUUCCUGUUAAGCCAAGCCUAUCUCCGGGAGCAAAUCUAGUAUACAUCAAUGAGCCAGGCUGAAUGUUUGUGGGCUUUGUUUUAUGGCAUGUAAAAUGAAGUCACCGCUUUGUGAUCUGUGAGCACAUAUUUCCACAUGGGUCCUUCUAACCAUCGCUUGCAUGUUUGUGUUUGCAUGCGUGAACAGGAAUAAAACAAAUGUGGUCGUGGUCCCCGCACACACUCCCUUCAUUAGCUUCAGUUCCAUGGCAACUUAAUGGGAAAUCUCCUUUGAGCCAAGUGGGAGCCUCACUUAAGAUAGCAUUCUGCCUUUGAUCGGUUCAGUCCUUUGUAAUAGUGGAGGCUGGGCAAAACCCAGGACCCGGG